GAGCGUCCAGCCUUCGUAACUCUCAACUCUCUCUCUCUCUCUCUAACACUGUUUUGACCUUUAAAGCCAUUUCCUCAACAAGAACCCAUCCCCUUGGUCCCUUUCUUUGUCUCUCUCUCUCUCUUCCAGGUCUCUGCUCAAAAUGGCGUACCACAAAACUGCCAUUCAGUUCAGAAAACCGGUUUUCUGAACACAAAAACCACCAUGGCCGCUGCUCUCCCUCUCUCUCUCCUCCUCUUCAUCCUUGUUUCCACUCUUCCUCUCUCUAAACCCGAUCUCGAAGGUGACAGAGCCGCCCUACUCUCCCUUCGAAACUCAGUAGGCAGAGCCCUUCAAUGGAACCAGUCUCAGAGCCCAUGUUUAUGGCAGGGCGUCACGUGCGAAGGCAACCGCGUCACGGUCUUACGUUUACCGGGUUCUGGCCUUGCGGGUCAGAUUCCGGUGGGUGCUUUCGGAAAUCUGACACACUUACGAACCUUGAGCCUUCGUUUCAAUGCACUUUCAGGCCCUCUUCCCUCUGAUCUCGCCCUGUGUACGGAUCUCCGAAACCUCUAUUUUCAACAUAAUCAGUUCUCGGGUGAAAUCCCACCGUUCAUUUCGAGGUUGCAGAAUCUGGUGCGCCUGAACCUCGCCGGAAAUAACUUUUCCGGCGAAAUUCCGGCCAGUUUAAACAGCCUGACGAGGUUAGGCACGCUCUAUCUCGAGGACAACAAGUUCACUGGCGAAAUCCCACAGUUGGAUCUGCCCUUUCUCAUGCAGUUUAACGUCUCGUUCAAUGCAUUGAACGGCUCGAUUCCUGCCAAGUUGGUCAAGCACGGUUCCACGGCGUUCGAGGGGAUGAGCCUUUGUGGCCCCCCACUCGCCGAUUGCCCUAAAACUACGACCGACACUCCGAUAAAUUCUGGCAGUCACAGUGGUCGGAAAAAGUUUCCGGCUGGUGCCAUUGCCGGAAUUGUUGUAGGCGCGGUCGUAAUUUUGCUCCUGAUAGUUUUGGUGAUCUUGUACUCCAAGAGAAAGAGGAGCAGCAAGAGAACCAGAGCCGUCGAUAUCUCCACGAUGAAGGGCACUGAUGUUGCGAGUGACAAGGCAUUUCCAGGGGACGGAGAGGGUGGAAAUAUUCAUGGUUCGGCAGCGGCAAUUCCAAAAGAGGAGACAGUGAGUGGUUUAGUUCCUAAACCUGAGAUUAGUGGUGGUAAAAAGCUGGUUUUCUUUCCUGGUGCUCAGAGGACAUUUGAUUUGGAGGAGUUAUUAAGGGCUUCAGCUGAGGUUUUGGGUAAGGGUAGUUUUGGAACUGCAUAUAAAGCAGUUUUAGAGAUGGGUACUGUAGUUGCAGUGAAGAGGUUGAAAGAUGUGGUUAUUGGGCACAGGGAAUAUGCCCAACAAAUUGAGAAGGUGGGUUCAAUGACCCAUGAGAAUUUGGUGCCCCUCAGAGCUUAUUACUUCUCCAAGGAUGAGAAGCUUCUUGUCUAUGAUUACAUGCCAAUGGGUAGUCUCUCUGCUCUUCUUCAUGGCAACAGGGGGGCAGGCCGCACGCCUCUCAACUGGGAGACACGCUCGGGCAUUGCACUGGGUGCCGCUCGUGCCAUUGAGUAUCUCCACUCACAGGGCUCUACUGUCUCCCAUGGCAACAUCAAGUCAUCCAAUAUCCUCCUUACAAAGGACUAUGAGGCUCGUGUCUCUGACUUUGGCCUGGCUCAGCUUGUGAGCUCUUCCGCCUCCCCCACCGCCAACCGUGUUAUUGGCUACCGCGCCCCUGAGGUCACUGAUGCCCACAAAAUCUCUCAGAAAGCCGACGUAUACAGCUUCGGCGUCCUGUUGCUUGAAUUGCUCACUGGAAAACCCCCCUCCCACUCUUUAACCAAUGAAGAAGGGGUGGAUUUGCCAAGAUGGGUGCAAUCGGUUGUUAGAGAGGAGUGGACAGCCGAGGUUUUCGAUUUGGAGUUAUUGAGAUACCAGAAUGUGGAGGAGGACAUGGUGCAGCUUUUGCAGCUUGCAAUGGACUGUGCGGCACAAUACCCUGAUCAGAGGCCAUCGAUGCGAGAAGUGGUGCAGAGGAUUGAGGAGCUUAGGAAGAGUUUGAUUGAUGAAGCGGAGCAUAAUUCGUCACAGAGGACGACUUCAGUUAAUGACUCGGCGCCGCCCCCCUCUGUUCUUGAUUGAGAGGGUGGGUGUGGGAGAAUAGGGCCCUCUGUUAUGCGAUUCGGUUGUUACUCUCCCUCGCUGUUCACAUUGGUUUGCUUCGUUAGUACACAACUCACUCUCUUUCUCUCUCUCUCCCUCUGUCUCCGUCUCUCUGGAGCUCCAGCUCGAUGGCUCGGGCAUUGUUGGUUAAUUUGGUUGGAUCAACAACUGUGUAUCAUGGUUGGUUUUAGCAUCUUUUUUACCUUUUCGAUUGUUUGGAGAGCUUUACUUUUAUAUAAACUUGGUUUUUUCUUUCGCC